AGGUGAUCCUGUGAGAAGCCAUGCUUGGAUUUUAAUAGCCAUGUUUCAACUUGCCAUGGAUUUUGCUUUCUGUGCGUCGCUGGGGCAAGGCCCUUGGCACCAGUUGUUACAAAGACCUCCUCACCGCUAUGGAUUCCCUCAUCACCCUUUGCGGAGUCUUAGGUUCGCGCCGCACGCGAGGAGACUUGGGAUUACGGGGAGCCACGCGUUCCACUCCUUGGGACGUUCGAAGGACCGCAUGCCAAACCUGCAUCAUUCCAAAAGGCUUCACAAAGCCGCGGACCUUCUCUGGAAAAGCAGGCGGCCCGAGCGCUUUGCGCCGGCGAGAUCCGGCCCUUCUUUAAUCCUGGAGAGUACAGAUUCCCAGACGUCGCUGAGGAGGCGGAAACGGUACCUGCGGGCCAUCGGCAAGCCCACGCUGGAGACGGAGGUGAUCGUGUGGGGCUCGACGAGUCCUCUCGACGCCCUGGAGACCAGUACCCUCCCGGGGAUUUACGAGGGCUCCACCGCCUCGGUUUUACAAAGCACGACCACCACUGCCACCACCGUCACCACCACCGUCACCACCACCGCAGCCGCUUCCACGACCGUACAGCCGAAAGGGCCGGGCCCUGGGAUUGGCGCGCCUCGAAACAACCCGGGUGGGGUUAGCACAAUGGUUCCUCCAGCCACCUCUGACGGGAGCAGGAAAGAGGUGGACGCCCCUCCACCUAAGAUCCCAGGAGACAGUUCAGGUCUGGCUGUCCAUCAGAUUAUCACCAUCACCGUCUCUCUCAUCAUGGUCAUUGCCGCCCUGAUAACGACGCUCGUCUUAAAAAAUUGUUGUGCCCAGAGUGGGAACACAAGAAGGAACAGCCACCAGCGGAAAAUUAACCAGCAGGAGGAAAGCUGUCAGAACCUGACGGAUUUCACCCCGGCCAGAGUGCCCAGUAAUUUGGACAUCUUCACAGCCUACAACGAAACGCUGCAAUGCUCUCAUGAGUGUGUAAGGACGCCAGUGCCGGUGUACGCUGAGGAGACGAUACUUUCACCAGGGGAUUAUAAGACAUCCUUCAAUGGAAAUAGACCGUCUUCUUCCGAUCGGCAUCUAAUUCCUGUGGCCUUCGUGUCUGAGAAAUGGUUUGAAAUUUCCUGCUGACCAGCCGGAGUCUGUUUUACUUCCUGGGGGCAGGGCAGACGCCGCAGGUCUAUUUCCUGGAGUCCAUUGGUGAACCUGUAAAAAACAAAAAACAAAAAAUUAAAAUUAAAACAAAAUAUGAAUGGGUUCUGUAUACCUACCAUUUGUGUUUACCGAUGGAAGAUUCGCAAAGCAGCCAAAUAUAUUUUUAUAUAAUUAAAAAAAAGGGAUUUGCCCCUAGAAGCUAUUGAAUUUUGGAGGACUGCAUUAUUUUUUUGAGGGGAAAAGGGAGGGGUGAUGAAUAAAUAAGCAAGUAGAGACUGAGGAAAGAAGAGCGACGAAAGCCGAAGAGGGACACGGCUUCCGUUCGGGACGCGUGGACUGUGAUUAUUUUUUCGGAACCUGUGCCAAUUAUACCAUUAUGUGCCAUGAAUCGCCUGGGGAAAAAAAAACUUCUUAUGAAGAUAAAAUUAAGUGGAAUAUAUGUCAAGAAUCUUUCUGACAGAAACGCUGGGGAUAUUUCUUCUAAUAAAGUCAGUAUUUCUGGUUACUAUACAUACAGAUAUGUGUUUCUGUGUAUAUCUAUCUAUCUGUCUGUCUAUAUAGAUAUAUAUACACAUA